GUCAGCAGUGGCCCCGGGGAGCUCUGGGACAGAGCUCCGGGCACCUGAGGCAGACAUGCAGACCCCCUGGUGGCCGGCUGCCCGGCCCUACGUCCCCUUGGGGACUUUGGAAGUGAGCUUCCCGGCCCCCCUGUACAGCGAUGACUACCUGUCCCUGGAGGGGCCCCGCUGGUCGCCAGCCAUCCAGCAAGCCACGCGCUGGAAGUCCACGCCCAUGGGGAGGGAUGCGGCCGGCCAGCUGUGCUACACGGGCCUGACGAACCGCGGGCCCCACGAGGCCUGGCACAUCCUGGCCGGGCUCCCGGAGAGCCCCUACCGUGAGGCCUACCACCGCUGGCAUGAAUGCUUUGGGCACCGGCAACGAAGCCUGCCCGCAGCCUACACACAACACCUGCGGGAGACAGCCUGGCACGACCCCAUCGUCCCUCCCCAGUACGAGAGCACCAGCACCCGGUGGGGCAGCACGCUGUGGAAAGACAGGCCCUCACGGGGCAAGGAGUACGUCAUCAGCAGGAGCCGAUUCGGGGCGGAGCCUCUGUGGCGGGCACCAGACUACGUGCCACACCUGUCGGCGCCCCAGCGGCCACCCUACACAACGCAGAGCUUCCGCCACUGGGCCCUGGGACAGAGCCCCUCUACUGGCCAGCGGGCCCUGCCCACCUACAUGCCCACUUUCUCAUAAAAGUCCUGUU